AUGCAAAUUGAAAAGAGUAAUGAAUCGGAAAUAGAUUCAUUAAGACGAAAUAAAAAAUACGUACCAUGCCCAACAAGCAAGAAACAUAAUACAAAUGACGCAUGUGAUCCUAUCUCAUUAAAUUCGAAAAAGACCAGUGGCAAUAAAGAAAUCGACAAUGUGAUUUCGUUAUCACAAUCUCAAUCAUCAUCAUAUGAUGGAAAACAUUUAGAAUUAAUAGAGGAACGUGAUGUAAAAAUCACUAAUUUUUUGUGUAAGGGUGGCAAUGGUUCGAUAUAUGAAGGAGUGUGGGGGCCAGGAAGGCGUUGCAUAAAGGAUAAUAUAAAAUAUCGCGAAGCAAAUACUGCGGUUAUUUUAAAACAAAUUAACAAGGAAAACAAUGACAUGAAAAUAGAAAUGUUUCUCAAAGAAUUAGAGAAUCAUACUAAGCUUUCGAAUAGCGGCAAAAUUAUAACAAUUUACGGUGUAGCAAUAAUUAAAAAUGAAUUUACACUCGUAAUGGAAUAUGCACAAAACGGAAGUUUGCAAAAAUUUUUGAAAAAUAAUUACCAUAAACUCAUUUGGAAACAAAAAAUUUCCAUUAUAUGCGACAUCGUUGAAGCUCUUGAACAAAUAUAUAAUCAAAAAUAUAUUCACGGCGAUCUACAUAGUGGAAAUGUGUUAAUAAGCGACAACCAAACUGCAAAAAUAUCCGACUUUGGCUCAUCAAGCGCAUACAAUGACCAACAAUCACGAGAAAAUCUCAAUUGUAUAAUUCCCUACACAGCACCUGAAGUAUUCAUGACAGCGUGGAAUUCGAACCAAAUCAGAUUAAUGAUACCAUCAGAAUUACAUCCUAGAAGUAAACAUCAAGACAACAUUUCCACUAUUGCACCAAAAACAGUUCCAAUAAUAUUAUUAAACGGCGACAUUAUCACAUCAAAUG